GGGAAACUUUUCCCUUGUGUAACGGAUAGAGAAUCACCUCUGCUUGCUCGCACCAGAAAAUAACCCACGCCAAACCUGAAGAUAAUGAGAGCGUUUGAUACCAUCUCCGUCUAAAUCCAUGAAUUUCUCUUCGUCAAUUCGACAAGAACAAGAAUUUAAAUGAACCGAUAAAACCCUAACAGAAGCGAUUAACAUGUCUACCUUUUCUGCCUCUGUAGUUACCUGUAAUCAUUUGCUGUCUCAUACACAUUCUUUAACGCCUUUCCGUUUUUUUAAUCUUCCCGAUUCAUGCCCUUCCCCUUUUUCUAAGUCCCCUUUAUGUCCCCUUCAUCUCCGUCAUUUUCGAAGAAAGGCCCUAACUUUAGUUUCCUGUAAAUCCUCCGAGGCAGAAGAAGAGUUGUCAUCCACAGAAGACGAGUGGCUCAAGAGACUUCCUGACAAGAAAAAGCCUUUGUAUUCUCACAGCUUGCCUUGCAUUGAAGCUUGGCUAAGGGAUUUAGGGUUUUACCAGAGCAAGGACGACCGUGCUGUUUGGUUCGUCGAAAAGCCGGAGUGGCGUGCCCAGUUAUCUCUUGAUAUGACUGAUCUAUAUAUAAGGUACUUGAAGAGUGGACCAGGGAGUCUUGAAAAAGAUGUGGAGAGGAGAUUCAGUUAUGCAUUGAGUAGAGAGGAUAUCGAAAAUGCCAUUCUUGGAGGACCUUAGAACGGAGUGAAAGCAUUCCUGCCAUUGUAUGUUGUAGUGAAUAACUUAUCUUGCAGUAUUUAACUACAUUAUCGGGUGUAUCAUUUAUUAACUCCUACCUUGAGCAAUUCUCAUUUGCAUUUUUGUGCAAUGUAAUAUCCAUAAUGCCCCUAUUUGUUAUUUUCUUAGGAGGCAUAUUACAUUCUAUUGUCUUCUGAGGCAUAUUACAUUCAAUCAAUACAUAUAUGCAAACUAAUAAUUAGGAAGUUGAAA